AUGGCGACGUGGGGCAGGUUCGGCCCGACCGUGAGGAACUUUUUCAGGGGGUUGGGGUACGCAGGCAGUAAGUUACCCCUGAGGAGCACCGCUGGAGGGGCAGUAGUGGGGUGUCUGCUCGUCAGUAGUGUUGUUCACUAUCGCCUUCAGUCGCGCUGGAAGUGUUUAUACCCGGCCGUGUACGCCAAGGAGAGCGAGGAUGAAGAUGCCCCCACCCCGGUGGUCUCGAUGCGACGGUUACGUUUUAACCAGUUUGCCACUGUGGUUUAUGAUCAGGAGCCGUUCAUGACACCCAGAGACUUUCUGUACUCCAUGAUGCUGGAGAAUGUGGACCGUAAACGGAAUAAAAGGGUUCUGACCAAAGCGGAAGUGGAGAAGCUGCUGACUGUGGCAUCUCGAGCAAAGGCAGGAAGCAAUCUGUUCAGAGGAGUUGGAGAUAACGGUCUGAUCUCCUACACCGAGUACCUGUUCCUCCUCACCAUUCUCACCAAGCCACAUACCGGCUUCCGCAUCGCUUUCAAAAUGCUGGACAUCGACGGCAAUGAGCAGGUGGACAAAAAGGAGUUUGAGAAGCUGAAGAAAAUCAUCGGACUGAGGAAAGUUUCCAAAGAGGAAGCGGAGAACGCGACUCCAGAGGACCAAGACGCACCCAACACCACUCUGCAGGCCUACUUCUUCGGCCGCCGCGGCCAGAACAAACUACAGUACACGGAGUUCUGCAGGUUCAUGGAGGAUCUCCAGGCGGAGGUGCAGGAGAUGGAGUUCCUGCAGUUCUCCAAGGGCAUGGGCACCAUGAGGAGAGAGGACUUUGCUGAUUGGCUGCUGUACUACACUAACGAGGAGGAUAACGAGCUAUACUUGGAAAACCUCAGGAAGAGGAUCCCUACAGGAGAGAGCAUCACCUUCGAGGAGUUUAAAGCCUUCUGUCUCUUCAUCAACAACAUGGAGGACUUCGCCAUCUCGGUCAAGAUGAUCGCCGACGCCAACAGACCUAUCGGAAUGGCUCAGUUUAAGAGGGCGGUGAAGAUCGCCACGGGCCAGGAGCUCUCCGAGAACGUUCUGGACACCGUGUUCAAAAUCUUCGACCUGGAUGGAGACAACUGCCUGAGUCAUAAAGAGUUCAUCGCCGUGAUGAAGGACCGAAUGCUGCGUGGUCUCAGGGUUCAGUCCCAGCAGGGCGUGUCUGGUUUUUGGAAGUGUGUGAAGAGAGAGAUGCUAAAAGGAGCCCAGGAGGCUCUCAGCCCCAGCAGUAGCCCCUUUUAACCCCCUUUUAAAGGAGGUGGCGGGGGUGUCGUGUGCUUAUAUUAAAUAUAUAGAAUAUAUGUAUGUAAUAUAUAAAGAUAUAUUGUUAUUUCACUCCGUUUGGUCAGGGUCGUGGUGGGUCCGGUCCCCCAGAAUCACUGGGUGCCAUGCAGUUACACGGCAACAUAGCCAAAGCAUGUCUGUAUGUGGACACCCGACCGGCCGAUAGCACCACCGGGGAUGGACCUCGCUCAGCUCGACUCUUGAUUCACCUGCAUUAAGUAAUGGUUUAAUUAACUUGGUUUGGUGUAACUUACGCGGCCUCUACAGAGAUCAGAGCUCGACCCUGUUAUGCACCGAGAACGUGAGCACUGAAAUAUACCGCGUUCCAAUAACAGUGGCCGACCACACUUGAUGCUUUUCUGGCUGCAGUCAUGUUCCGAAAUGUAAUAAAGAUGCUUCAUGGAACGGUAAACGUGAUGUAACUGUGUCUGUAUAACUCAACGUGAUGAGAGAAAACUAGGAUGUUCAUGAUUUAUUAUGGAAUUUAUUAGAGACGAUCUGAAAUAUGUUGAAUUAUUUUAGUUCUACAGACACAGUGAUGUCACUGCUCCACAUUUCUUUGGUUUUAAGCACCUAAAAAAACCCUCAUCACGAGUUCUUAUUAAAAUGUCUGUGAAUUAAAUUUAGCUGGUGAAAUUGUUUAGAUAUUUAAGUGUCACUGAUCACUGACUUGGUUUUUGUCCGGGUUGUUUUUUGGGGUUUUAUUUAUGGGUAAAUGCACAUACAGCUUCAAAAUUUCAACCAGGUCAUGUUUGUUUUUUUUGUAUUUUUCUAAACCGCGUCCAGGCUGAGCGUUCAAAUUAAUGGACGGGAAUGAUUUCAGUCUGAAUAUUUACAGAAACCAACAGUCACAGGAAUAAAAUGAAACACUACAGGGAGUUUGUGUGACACUUUCUACUUUAUUACUACUAAAUGCGCUCUGUGUAAACUGGGAGUUCUGUUUUUACCUUCUGAAAGAUAAAAAUGUUCAUGUUUACUUUUUUACCCUUAAUUUUCUAUUGCACUGUAAGCACGAUCACGCUAUGCUCUCGCUAUUCCUCCACCAAUCGUGCACCACCACAGAGUAUCUGUCACUGAUGUGCUGGUAAAGAUUCCUUAUCAGUAGACACGACAAACUGUGUCCAUAAUGCGCCAACAGGGUGCCAGCGGUGAGACUCAAACCUACAUCUGUGGUGGUACUUCUUUAUCUCCUGGAAGUGUUUGCUGUUCAGACUUAAAGCUUUAAUUAUUUAAAACACUCCAGGAAAACAUAUAAUCUAUACAGAUUUAAUAUUUGUGCUUUAUUUGAAUGAUUUUUAUUCUGGUUCUUGGUUUGUUUCACGUAGAGCAGCGAUAGAUUCUUUUUUUUAUUGGGUGAGAUGUGGAUUUUAUUCCUAAUGCGGUGCUGUUUGUUUACUUUUCUCACAGAUUUCACUGUUUUUAUAUUCUGUAUUUUGAAAUUUUAAGCUGAUCAGAAUUUGAAUAAAAUAAAUAAAGAAUUUAAA